GCUCUCGGCGCUCUGAGGCGCGGGGCGCGGCGGGCGCAGGGCUCAUGUAAUCAAAGAAGUUUCUUUGUUGUGUGUAUCUUUUCAGAACACAACAGGAAUUGAAAAUGAAUCAGAUCACUGAGGCUGUUGCAGCUGCUGAGAGCCUGGCCGAGGUACCUGAACACGUGUUCCGAGGACUUCCGGAGGAAGUGAGGCUUUUCCCGUCUGCUGUGGACAGGACUCGGAUUGGUGUCUGGGCCACUAAGCCAAUUUUAAAAGGCAAAAAGUUUGGGCCAUUUGUUGGUGAUAAGAAAAAAAGAUCUCAGGUUAAGAAUAAUGUGUACAUGUGGGAGGUAUAUUAUCCAAAUCUGGGAUGGAUGUGCAUUGACGCCACGGACCCAGAGAAGGGGAACUGGCUGCGGUAUGUGAAUUGGGCUUGCUCCGGAGAAGAGCAGAAUUUAUUUCCGCUGGAAAUCAACAGGGCCAUUUAUUACAAAACUUUAAAGCCAAUCGCGCCGGGCGAGGAGCUCCUGGUCUGGUACAAUGGGGAAGACAACCCCGAGAUAGCAGCUGCGAUUGAGGAAGAGCGAGCCAGCGCCCGGAGCAAGCGGAGCUCCCCGAAAAGCAGGAAAGGGAAGAAAAAAUCCCAGGAAAGUAAAAACAAAGCAAACAAAACUGAAGACCUACAGCUGAAGACAAGUGAGCCAGAUUCUGCUUCUGCAAAUAUGAGAGAUUCUGCAGAAGGUCCCAGAGAAGAGGACGAGAAGCCGUCCGUCUCCGCUGCGGAGCAGACCGCCGUUCUGCAGGAGGCGGUCAGUCAGGAUGUGCUUCCAGAGCCGGUAGCUCCCCCCGCCGCCUGUGAGCCCCACACAGAACCGGACGAGAAGCCAGAAGCCACGAACUGUGAGGGGAAUGAUUUGGAGGAAGAGGAGGAAGAGGAAGAAGACGAGGAGGACGAGCUGGAGGAAGAGGGGGAGGAGGAAGCGGACAUGCCAAAUGAAAGCUCUGCGAAAGAGCCGGAGAUACGAUGUGAUGAGAAGCCAGAAGAUUUACUAGAAGAACCAAAAAAUGUUUCAGAAGAAGCGCUUGCGGGCUCUCUGGAGGUUCCACCUGUUCCCAGAACUCCCAGAACUAAAGAAGAGGCCAACGGCGACCUGUUCGAGACGUUUCUGUUUCCGUGUCAGCAUUGUGAGAGGAAGUUCACGACCAAACAGGGGCUCGAACGGCACAUGCACAUUCACAUAUCCACGGUCAAUCAUGCUUUCAAGUGCAAGUACUGCGGGAAGGCGUUCGGCACGCAGAUCAACCGGAGGCGGCACGAGCGGCGCCACGAGGCAGGGCUGAAGCGGAAGCCCAGCGUCCCGCUGCAGCCGCCCGGAGAGCCGGCCGACGGCAGGGCGCCUGGGGACGGGGCUGCCGCGAAGGAUGACUCGCCGCCGUCCGGGCUCGGGCAGGACUCGCUGCUGGCGCAUCCAGAGAAGGCCCCCCAAGAGGCCAUCCAGCCUUCUGUUGGGGAAGAAAAUGGGGAAGUCAGAGAGCUUCAUCCGUGCAAAUACUGUAAGAAGGUUUUCGGGACGCACACCAAUAUGAGACGGCAUCAGCGCAGGGUGCACGAGCGUCACCUGAUUCCCAAGGGCGUGCGGCGGAAAGGGGGCCUCCUGGAGGAGCCGCGCCCUCCCGCGGAGCCCGCCCCACCCGCCCCGAGUGUCUACGUGCCCAGCACAGAGCCCGAGGAGGACGGGGAGGCAGACGACGUGUACAUCAUGGAUAUCUCCAGCAAUAUCUCGGAAAACCUGAAGUUCUAUAUUGAUGGCAAAAUUCAGACCAGCAGCAGCACGAGUAACUGUGACGUCAUCGAGAUGGAGUCAGGCUCGGCGGACUUGUACGGGAUAAAUUGUCUGCUUACUCCGGUCACGGUGGAGAUCACCCAAAACGUCAAGACCGCACAGGCCUCCCUAGCAGAUGAUCUUCCUAAAGAGCCCUCCGGUAGCACAAACAGUGAGUCCAAGAAACGGAGAACCGCGAGUCCUCCCACACUACCUAAAAUCAAAGCCGAGACGGAGCCUGACCCCUCGGUGCCCUCGUGUUCCUUAUUGCCUCUCACCAUAGCCACGUCAGAGGCCGUGUCUUUCCACAAAGAGAAAAGCGUGUACUUGUCAUCAAAGCUCAAACAACUUCUUCAGACCCAGGACAAGCUAACUCCUCCUGCAGGCAUUUCCACGACCGAAAUCCCGAAGUUAGGGCCUGUCUGUGUGUCUGCUCCUGCAUCGAUGCUCCCCGUGACCUCGAGCAGGUUUAAGCGGCGGACCAGUUCUCCUCCCAGUUCCCCGCAGCACAGUCCCGCCCUUCGAGACUUUGCAAAGCAGAGCGACGGCAAAGCAGCGUGGACCGAUGGAGUUCUAGGUUCCAAAAAGCCCAAAUUAGAAAGCCACAGCAACUCACCGGCGUGGAGUUCAUCUGGGAGAGAGGAGAGAGAAGCCGUGAGCCCGCCGUGCUUUGACGAAUAUCCAGUAUCCAAGGAGUGGGUAGCCAGUUCUACUUUCAGCAAUGUGUGCAACCAGCAGCCGCUGGAUUUAUCCAGCGGUGUCAAACAGAAGGCUGAGGGCACAGGCAAGACUCCCGUCCAGUGGGAAUCCGUAUUGGAUCUCAGCGUGCAUAAGAAGCCGUGUGGCGACUCGGAAGGCAAGGAGUUCAAAGAAAACCAUCUGGUGCAGCAAGCCUGCAAUGCUGUAAAGAAAAAGAAACCAACCACGUGCAUGCUGCAGAAGGUUCUUCUCAAUGAGUACAAUGGCCUCGAUUUACCGGUAGAGAGCGCUGCAGAUGUGACGCGGAGCCCGAGUCCUUGUCAGUCCCUGGAUCCCCAGCCAGACACUGGCCUUGGCCCGGAUUCCAGUUUACCGGCCCCUGUGGCUGAGUCCCCACCCGAUGUCUCUCCUUCCUCACCUGCCCUGCAGACCUCUUCCCUUUCUUCUGGGCAGCUGCCUCCUCUCUUGAUCCCAACACACCCCUCUUCCCCCCCAGCCUGUCCUCCGGUGUUGACUGUUGCCACGCCACCGCCUCCACUCCUUCCUACUGUCCCUCUUCCGGUCCCCUCUUCCGGGGCUUCUCCCCGUCCGUGUCCCUCUCCUCUCUCGAAUGCCACCGUGCAGUCCCCGCUUCCCAUUCUCUCCCCUACAGUGUCUCCGUCACCAUCUCCCAUCCCUUCUGUGGAGCCGCUCACGUCUGCUGCCUCGCCCGGACCCCCCACCCUUUCCUCGUCGUCUUCCUCGUCGUCUUCCUCUUCUUCCUUCUCCUCUUCAUCUUCCUCCUCUUCCCCCUCGCCGCCACCACUCUCAGCAGUAUCCUCUGUUGUUUCCUCUGGGGAUAAUCUGGAAGCUUCUCUCCCCAUGAUAACCUUCAAGCAGGAGGAACUAGAGAAUGACGAUCCGAAACCCAGGGAAGAAGCCCAGUCUGCAGUUGAACAGGAGAUUGUUCAGGAAACAUUCAACAAAAACUUCGUCUGUAAUGUCUGUGAAUCACCUUUUCUUUCCAUUAAAGAUCUAACCAAACAUUUAUCUGUCCAUGCUGAAGAAUGGCCCUUCAAAUGUGAAUUUUGUGUGCAGCUCUUUAAGGCUAAAACUGAUCUGUCAGAACAUCGCUUUUUGCUUCAUGGCGUUGGGAAUAUCUUUGUGUGUUCCGUUUGUAAAAAAGAAUUUGCUUUUCUGUGCAAUUUGCAGCAGCACCAGCGAGAUCUCCACCCAGACAAGGUGUGCACCCACCAUGAGUUUGAAAGCGGCACCCUGAGGCCCCAGAAUUUCACCGAUCCCAGCAAGGCCCAUCGAGAGCACAUGCAGAGUUUGCCAGAAGAUCCUUUAGAGGCGUCAAAAGAAGAAGAAGAGCUGAAUGAUUCCUCCGAAGAGCUUUACACAACCAUAAAAAUAAUGGCUUCCGGCAUAAAGACGAAAGACCCGGAUGUCCGACUGGGGCUCAAUCAGCAUUACCCGAGCUUUAAACCACCCCCAUUUCAGUACCAUCACCGGAACCCCAUGGGCAUCGGUGUGACGGCCACAAAUUUCACUACACACAAUAUUCCACAGACGUUCACCACUGCCAUCCGCUGCACAAAGUGCGGGAAGGGUGUUGACAACAUGCCGGAGUUGCAUAGACACAUCCUGGCGUGUGCUUCGGCCAGUGACAAGAAGAGGUAUACCCCUAAGAAAAACCCAGUGCCCUUGAAGCAGACUGUCCAGCCCAAAAAUGGUGUGGUGGUUCUCGAUAACUCCGGGAAGAACGCCUUCAGACGAAUGGGACAGCCCAAAAGACUGAACUUUAGCGUCGAACUCAGCAAAAUGUCCUCAAACAAGCUCAAACUAAACGCAUUGAAGAAAAAAAACCAGCUGGUCCAGAAAGCAAUCCUUCAGAAAAACAAAUCUGCGAAGCAGAAGGCCGACUUCAAAACCGCCUGUGAGUCGUCCUCGCACAUCUGCCCAUACUGUAACAGGGAGUUCACGUACAUCGGGAGCCUGAACAAACACGCUGCCUUCAGCUGUCCCAAAAAACCGCUCUCUCCUUCCAAAAAAAAAGUUUCCCACUCAUCCAAGAAAGGCGGACACUCCUCACCUGCAGGUAGCGACAAAAACAGCAGCAGCCACCGGCGACGGACGGCGGACGCGGAGAUUAAGAUGCAGAGCACGCAGGCUCCUCUGGGCAAGACCAGAGCACGCAGCUCGGGCCCUGCACCGGUCCCGCUGCCCUCCUCGUCCUUCAGGUCCAAGCAGAAUGUCAAAUUCGCGGCUUCGGUCAAGUCCAAAAAGCCAAGCUCCUCCUUAAGGAACUCGAGCCCGAUCAGAAUGGCCAAAAUAACUCACGUUGAGGGGAAGAAGCCCAAAGCUGUGGCCAAGAAUCAUUCUGCUCCGCUCGCGAGCAAGACGGCCCGCGGCCUGCACGUGCGGGUGCAGAAGAGCAAAGCUGUCCUGCAGAGCAAAUCCUCUUUGGCCAGUAAGAAAAGAACAGACCGGUUCAAUGUAAAAUCUAGAGAACGGAGUGGGGGGCCGGUCACCCGAAGCCUCCAGCUGGCAGCCGCUGCUGACCCGGGGGACAGCAGGAGGGAGGACAGCGGUGGCAAGCAGGAGCUGAAGGACUUCAGCUACAGUCUCCGCCUGGCAUCCCGGUGCCCUCCGCCAGCUGCCCCGUACAUCACCAGGCAGUGUAGGAAUGUCAAGGCCACAGCGGCAGCCCAGUUCCAGGGAACCCUCUUCAAAGAGUAGACACUUCGCCUGCUCCCUGACAGCACCUGAAGUGACCUGGAAUCAGUGAAGCCAAAGGGACCGGCCUUCUGCCCUGCAGGGAGUACCGACCUAUUCCACUUUCAUGAGCCUGCGAGAGAGAGGAAGAGUGCGUGUGCGUGUGCGUGUGCGUGUGCGUGUGUGUGGUCUUCAGACGGGGGUCCCAAACCCCAGGGAGGCAGGAAGGCAGCUGAUUCCACACAAUGGAUGACACUUGGGUGCAGCCGCUGGGACCGUGUUCUGCAGCUCAGCCUUCCUGCUGGGGGCGGGGGGCCUCUCCUACUAUGCAAUUUUUCAAGAGCUCCUUGAUCCUGC